AUGACAAUGAAAGAUGAUGAUAGAGGGCUGGCUAUGGUUACUCGUAGUGUAAAGAAGAAGAAUGAGGAUGAGAAGUUCACGAAGUUUUUAUCGGUGUUCAAGACAUUGCCAAUUAGUCUCCCUCCAGUGGAAGCAUUGUUGGAAACGCCGGGUUAUGCCAAGUUCAUGAACAAGUUAGUCAAAAAGAAAAGGAGCUUGGAUUUUGAGACAAUUGAAGUUUCUCAUUGUUGUAGUGCAAUUAUGACUAAUGAGCUGAUAAAAAAGAGAGAAGAUCCCGGAGUGUUCACUAUUCCUUGCACCGGCAUGCUCCAAUUUGCUAAAGCCCUAUGCGAUUUGGGAGAAAUCAUCAACCUAAUGCCAUAUGCAAUCUAUAAACAACUUGGGUUGGGUGAACCAAAAGCCACAACAAUGAGACUCUUGAUGAAGGACCGAUCAAUUAAACAUUUUGUAGGGAUACUAUAUGACAUCUUGGUAAAGGUUGACCGAUUCAUUUUCCCGGAUGAUUUUAUCAUUCUCGAUUGUGAAAUAGAUGCUGAAAUUCCCAUCAUUUUGGGAAGAUCAUUCUUGGCAACCGGGAGAGCAUUGGUUGAUGUUGAAAGCGGAGAACUGAAGUUCCGGGUGAACGAAGAUGAAGCAACCUUUAAUGUUUGUAAGUCAAUGAAACACCCAAGAGAUAUUCAUGUGGUUUCCACUAUUGAUGUUAUUGAUAAGGCAGUGGCUAGUGUGAGCCAUUUGAUGUGUAUGAGUGAACCACUUGAAGCCGUGCUUGCUAACUAUGAUGAGUUUGAAAUUCAAGGCUACGAAGAGGUAAAAUUUCUCUUUAAGGUGUUAAGGAGGCAUAUAAAAGCUAUAGGUUGGAGUAUCGCUGACAUAGUGGGCAUUCCUCUUGGCAUUUGCACUCACAAAAUUCAGUUUGAUAGUGAUUGUAAGCCGAGUGUUGAACAUCAACGGAGAUUGAACCCACCAAUGCAAGAGGUGGUGAAAAAGGAGAUAAUAAAGUGGUUGGACGUGGGUGCGAUCUACCCUAUUGUGGAUAUCAAAUAG